AUGUUCGAUCGAAAGCUUUUCGUGGGCAUGCUUAGUAAACAACAAUCUGAAGAAGAUGUACGACAGUUGUUUGCACCUUUUGGAGGUAUAGAAGAAUGUACCAUAUUAAGAGGACCUGACGGAGCAAGUAAAGGCGGUAAUACUCUAUUUAAGCAGACACAAAGGCUCCUAACAAAUAAAAAUUUUAAAAGUACAGCGAAAAGGACGAAAAUCUGUGUCUGA